AUGUUAACGUUAGAGGGUUGGCGUGAGAAAAAUAAAAUCUCACAACUCGAAUGCGAUCUGUUAAAAUCCGAACCUACCGACGAAAAGCUGUACGGCCCGGUCAUUAAAGCGUAUGACACCUACAUUCGUUUGUACAAUGCGGAAAACCCAACAAAGAAAUUGAGCUUGCUUCCGCUACUCACGUCUCGCUUUAAGGAUGAAAAACUCUUGGCGAUGAUCGACAAAGCACAUUCGUAUUGUCCAGAGAUCGCUAAGGAUCUCGAGACCAAACAAACGCUGUUCUGGGUGAAAAGGGAUAUAGACCCACAAUCUAUCGUUAAGCUGCUGGAAUUUCCAUCAAAAAGGAUAAAGACCCACAAUCUAUCGUUAAGCUGCUGGAAUUUCCAUCAAAAAGUUUGCACUAUAUCUACAAAUGGAUAG